AUGGAGAAGCCCUUCGAGCCCCCCGGGCAGCAGCUGGCGGGCAAAGCCCCUAAGGAUGAUGGUGGUGGUGGGAAGGGGAACGUGGACAGCGAUGCCACAAGUGGGAACCCCUAUGCGGGGCUGGUGAGCCGCCUGCGGGCAGCCUGGCUCUCGGGGAAGACGCGGCCCGUGAAGUAUCGUGUGGGCCAACUGGAGGCCCUGGGGCGAUUCCUGGAUGAGAAGAAGCAGGACAUCCUGGAGGCCACUGCCUUGGACAUGGGCAAGCCGCCCUUCGAAGCUGAAUUCACUGAGAUCCUCCUCUGCAAGAAUGAGCUCCAUGAGACGCUGAACAACCUGUCCCACUGGAUGAAGGACGAGCACACGGACAAGAGUCUGGUGAUGCAGCUGGACUCUGCCUUCAUCCGCAAGGACCCGUACGGGGUCGUGCUCAUCAUCGUACCUUGGAACUACCCCAUCUACCUCCUCCUGGCGCCCCUCAUCGGGGCCAUUGCUGCCGGUAACUGUGCCGUUGUCAAACCCUCAGAGAUAAGCAAGAACACCGAGAGGCUCGUGGCUGAAGUGCUGCCCAGUUACCUGGACAAGGACUGCUUUGCUGUGGUGACUGCUGGCGUAGAGGAGACCACUAAACUUCUGGAGAACAAGUUUGACUACAUUUUUUACACUGGCAGCCCCUCUGUGGGGAGGAUCAUAAUGACAGCUGCUGCCAAGCACCUGACGCCGGUGACCCUGGAGCUGGGAGGCAAGAACCCCUGCUACGUGUCCGACACCUGCGACGUGCACAACGUGGCCCGACGGGUGGUCUGGGGCCGCUUCUACAACGCGGGGCAGACCUGCAUCGCACCUGACUACAUCCUGUGCAGCGUGGAGAUGCGGGAGAAGCUGCUGCCUGCUCUGUGUAAGGUCAUCACUGAUUUUUAUGGCCCCAACCCUCGGGAGUCCCCCGACUUCGGCCGCAUCGUGGAGGACAAGCAAUUCCAGCGGGUGCAGGCACUGCUGCACAGCGGCCGUGUGGUCAUCGGAGGACAGACGGACGAGAAGGAGCGCUAUAUCGCUCCCACUGUGCUGGCGGAUGUGCUACCCUCUGACCCUGUCAUGCAGGAGGAGAUCUUUGGGCCCAUCUUACCUGUUAUGACUGUGGCCAGCAUGGACGAAGCCAUUGACUUUAUCAAUAGCCGUGAGCGGCCGCUGGUUGUGUACGCCUUCUCCUCCGAUGACAAGGUGGUGAACCAGGUGCUGGAGCGGACAAGCAGUGGAGGUUUCUGUGGCAACGACACCCUGAUGCAUGUGUCAUUGACCUCGCUGCCCUUCGGUGGGAUUGGGAACAGUGGCCUGGGGAUGUAUCAUGGCAAGUUCAGCUUCGAUACCUUCACCCACCACCGCGGCUGCCUGCACCGCGGCAUGGGCCGGGAGGCCCUUAACGCCCUGCGCUACCCACCCUACAACCAGCAGAAGCUGGGGAUUGUCAAGGCCGCCUCUGAGGUGAAGCGCAAGGGCAUGUGCACCUUGCUCUGA